CGCCUACCACGUCCUCCGUGCUGGUCAACAAUAUUCACUUCCGAUAUUGUUAUGACCUCAGAAGCCGAACAUAAUCUGGUGGACACCCAAGAUUUUCUCUCGAAGCUACAGAUUUCCUCGUCUGCCGCUGCACAUGAUCCCGAGCUCGAUCCAUGGCAGGACACGCCGGCAGUCGCAGAUGACCUCGAGGCGACACAGCAUGAGCCAGCGCAUACACGGACGCUAGAAGACGUAUCAGUCUUGGACCCAACCACGGCACAGGGGCUCGCUGCCGAAGCUCACACAGGACUUGGGCCCGCAAAGCCUGAGGCGAGCGCGGACAUCCUGCAGGAGUUCGACCCGCUCGCCAGUCACGAGGAGAAGGCCGCAAAGGAAGCAUGGGAGAGCUCCGAGUCGCAUCCACCACCAUUACCACCAUCACCGCCGCCUCCUGCGUCCCGGCCAGCAGCACUCGAUGCCGCGCAGGCUGCACCCGACGAGCAGCAGAGGCCGCCUGUGAAGCUCGAGGACGAUCCGCCCGCACGCUCAACGUCCCCGCUGUCCUCGUUCCCGUCGCUCGCGGCCCUCGCACGGACGUUCGCGCUCCCACUCGCCGGCUCACGUCCGCGUCCGCGCUCGCUCGACACCGCCGCGGCCGUGCCGUCGCCCGCGACGCUCUCGUCCUUCGCGGCACAGCAGCAACAGACCCCUGCCGCUGCGCCUUCGCCGCCCCAGAGUGGGCGGAGUACCCCUGCGGGAGGGACGGGACGUGCGCCCCACGACGCCGACCCGCCACAGUUCGACUUCCAGCGGUUCCUGGACCAGCUCAAGGGGGCGGAGCCUGUAGCUAAAUACCUGCGCUCGUUCUUGGGCAACUUCACCAAGCGGACGUUCACGGUGAACGAUCAGGUGAAGCUGAUCAACGAGUUCUUAAAUUUCAUCUCGGGCAAGAUGCGGGAGGCAGACGUUUGGCGCAACGUUUCGGAAGCAGAGUUUGACAAUGCGAUGGAGGGCAUGGAGAAGCUCGUUAUGAACCGCUUAUAUGACUACACAUUCACGCCACAAGUAGCGCGGAUGAUCCCUCCUCGGCCAAUAACCUCGGACGACCUUGAACGCGAUCGUGUACUCUCGCAGCGGAUAGCGCUGUUCGGAUGGGUAGAACCACAUCACCUUGACAUCCCGGAAGGAUCUGGCUUUGAAGGUUUCCUCAUGUUCGCCCAGCAAGAACUGUUGAAGAUCAACCACUACAAAGCGCCGCGGGAUAAACUUAUCUGUAUUCUGAACUCCUGCAAGGUCAUAUUUGGUCCGCCAUCGCACGUAUAA